AUGGAUGGUUCAUGGAGUUCAAGAAUUAUGCCACUGGACUUGGAUGGGACGCGGCAAAGGGAACUGUUGCUUGCCCUCAGGAAUGGUGGACUGAACACCUUGCUAUGCGAUAACCGUGAAAAAAGACUAAAAUGCAACCCUGUGAGGUUCAGAAAACAAGGACCGAAGUACCUUGAUGAUCUUGAUCUAAUUUUUGGCAAGGUAUAUGUGACUGGGGCCACUGCAUCCUGUCCUGGAGAUAUAUCCUUUGAUGAGGCAAGUGAUGAGUUCGUGGUCGAGGUACCAAAACCUCCAGAGAAUGAUGAUGUCAAGCUGGCCGCUUUGAAGAAACCAGGGAAAAAGAAACGCAAGAGGUCUUGUACAGCUACUGAAGCCAAAGAAGAGAAGAGUCCAUUUUUCGCAUGUAAAAAAACACAUGUUCAAAGAUAG